UCCUCCUGCUCGGCCGCCGCUGCCUCCAGCCAAGCAGCCAGCGCCGGGCGGCUCCUGGGGCUAUGUCAACAUUUUCCCGCAGUUCCCGCACGCCGCUCGGCGAGAGAGGUCUUGCACACGCACGCACACGCCCCCAGCCCGCUCGCUCCCUUAGGGGGAAGAGCUCGGGACUCGGUGCGCAAGGAGCGGUGCAGGCAAACAGCCCGACAGAGGCGCGCAGACUUGGGAGUCCCCGGGAAGCGGCGGCUGCGCGAGGGGAGGGCGGCAGACGCCGGCGGCGCGAGGCCAACUCAGUUUGUCAGCGGAGCCCGGAGCCCGCCGUCCGCGCCGGCCCGACUGGCGUCCCUCGCGCCGACCCUGCGGCCUGGGGCGGGAGGCGGCGGCGGCCCCUCCUCACAUUUCGGGUCUCCCGGCCCCGUGAGCCGCGGCCGCUGCUCCACGAACGGCUGAAGGCGAGGGGACGCAGGGGGAGCAAGGGCAGAGCCACGCCACGCACAGCCACGGAGGGGAGAUGCCCCGCAACAAUCCCAAAGAAUUCUCCGACACACAAAGAGAAAACUGUCUUGGGAUUCUCAAUGCCCAGCCCAAACAUCAUGUGAUGAUGAGACCAGAAAAAACUCCUUAAGUGAAAAGACAGAGAGCGCCCAUCUGCUGGUCCAUCCCCACAAAUGCCAGCAGCAGAGGAUGGCCUCAUGUGGAGUCAGGAGCUGCAAAAUGCAGUCCAGGUCUGCCACGUGGGUGAUAGGAAUCCAACCACUUGAGCAUCACUGCUGCCCACCAGGAACAGCACUCGCAGGAAGCUAAAGUCAGGAGUUCACCAAAAAUCAAAUCCUGGAACUCCUAUGUGUGACACAGGCAUCUUAGCCAAUGUCUUGACCUUUGGGCUGAGUGUUCACCCCAGCCAUUCCCUUUUCUUUUUAAAUUUAAUUUAAUUUUAAAGCAUCUAAUAUUUAUUAUUUCAAAAGCUUAUUUAUUUAUUUGAAAGAGUUACAGAGAGAGAGAGAGGGAGAGACAGAGAGAGAAGCUUCCCAUCUACUGCUGGUUCACUCCCCAGAUGACCAAAAGGUCCAGUGCUGGGCCAGGUCGAAGCUUCUGCUGUUGCUUUUCCCAGGCCACUAGCAAGAUGCUGGAUCAGAAGUGGAGCAGCUGAGACAUGAACCAGCUCUGAUAUGGGAUGCUGACGUCACAGGCACCAGCUUUACCAGCUAUGCCACAAUGCCAACUCCCCUCUCUUUCUUAAAAAGCUUUAUAUUUAUUUGAAAGUCAGAGGGGCAGGAGUCAGGCUUGGGGAAAGGCAAAGAGAGAAUUAGAUCUUCAGUUCCCUAAUUACCUCCCCAAAGGGCCACAACAGUUAGGGUUGGGCCAAGCCAAAGCCGGGAAGCAGACUCCAUUUGGAUCUCCCCAAGGUGGCAGGGGCUCAAAUACUUGGGCCAUCUUGCUCUGCUUUCCCAGGCACAUUAGCAGGGAGCUGGAUGGGCAAUAGAGCAGCAAGAACUGGAUUUGGCACUCCGAUAUGGGGUACCAGCUUAGCGAGAGGCAGUUUAACCCUCUGUGCCACAACAUUGGCCCUUGUCCUUCCUUGUAUCUCUGUUGUCUUAAUCAAUAAAACUCCUCAAAGCCUAGUUCAACUUUUUGGUUUUUGGGUAAGUAAUCUAAGGAAUCCUACACAUUCUUCACAUGGCUCAUUCUUUCAAAGAUUCUUUGUGAGGAGAACACCAAAAUCUGCAAAAUUUUAGGGAGGGGAGAAAGAUCCAAAUGAUUUUUGGUAGAGUGUUCCCUGUUUCCACUGUCAACUCCAGGGAAGCAUUGCUUUUAAGCAAUUGAUAGAGUCUAAUUAGUUUAAUGUAUAGCCAUUCUUCGCAGGGAAAACGAUAAACUCGAAAGAGAGAAGUGAUAAGUCAUAGGUGUAAGUAAGAUAUGUUAUUGGUUAACAGCCAGCUUCUAAUUCAGGGAAUAGUUUACAAUAUAUUUUUAAAGUAUAUCCACUUUACUGUAAACUACAAAAUGGGUUUUGUAUUAGA